AUGGCCGCAUCCGCCCUGUCCGUCUGCUCCAGCAACCUGAGCUAUGGCAACCGCGCCUGCCUGUCCGGCUCCAGUGACUCUUGCACCGACUCCUCCUGGCAGGUGGACGACUGUCCAGAGAGCUGCUGUGAGCCCUCCUGCUGUGUCCCCAGCUGCUGCCAGCCCACCUGCUGUGUCCCCAGCUGCUGCCAGCCCACCUGCUGUGUCCCCAGCUGCUGCCAGCCCACCUGCUGUGUCCCCAGCUGCUGCCAGCCCACCUGCUGUGUCCCAAGCUGCUGCCAGCCCACCUGCUGUGUCCCCAGCUGCUCCUUCACCAGCUCCUGCACACCCUCAUGCUGCCAGUCCUCCUGCUGCACCUCCUCCCCGUGCCAGCAGACCUGCUGCACACCCGUCUGCUGCACACCCGUAUGCUGCAAGCCCCUGUGCUGUGUGCCCGUCUGCUCUGGGGCCUCCUCCUGCUGCCAGCCCACCCCCUGCACCUCAUCCUGCUGCAGACCCUCCUCCUGCAUGUCCCUCAUCUGCCGCCCCGUGUGCAGGCCUGCCUGCUGUGUGCCCGCCUCCUCCUGCUGUGGCCCUGCCUCCUCCUGCCAGCCCAGCUGCUGCCGCCCGUCCUCCUGCAUGUCCCUGCUCUGCCGCCCCGUGUGUUCCCGCCCGGCCUGCUGUGUCCCCGCCUCGGCCCAGAAAUCCUGCUGCUGA